AUGGCUUGCAUGGUAACAGCCAGCAGUUCGCUUACCUCUGACGAUGAGAAAAAAAAGAAUGGGGGUCUCGGGAGGGUUCACGAUCCUACACAGCGUGUGUUGGCAGUCUCGCAGAUCAGAAAGCAACUCCAGAUGCAGGGGGUCGCCAAGAGGCAACAAUGCAAUGUCCGGAAUGGAAACUCCUUUAUCGCUGGGGCCCAAAAGACUGGUCUGGGCUGGACCACAGCCUCAGGUCAUGUGCGAGAGUCGUCCAAUGAAGUAGGAGGAAGCAGGACCCCGGUGGAUGUGUUUGUUCCGUCCCCAGGCCGAGACGACAAUUUAGACAGCGGGGAUCACUGCGAGCCCCGGCGGCGUGGAGAACGGAAGAGCGGGGGCCUUUUUAAAAGCGGACAGGGAUCGGUCCAGUUCUUUGAUGUCACGAGCGCAGAGGCUUUCUUCGCCGCCCGGCCGGGCCCCCUUUCUCCCCCUUUCGCAAGACUUCUUUGCGACACUGCAGUUCUCUGA